GUAAUGAACAACCUUCCAGGGUCUGUAUCAAUAUCAGAAGAUACAGCGGGUAGUACGUUAGUUUUUACAAUCAAUGCCACAGACACAGUUACUGAUCCAUUAACUUGUAUAAAUAGUGGAAGUUCAGUAACAUUCUCUGUUACAGCCAUACCAUCAACUACAGACUAUGGAGUUUAUUUAAACGCUGGAAUUACACUCGACUACGACACCACAUCAACCCAUACAGUAACUGUUGAAUGUAACGAUGGAGAUGACACAGUGGAUGGCGCAUUAACAAUUAAUUUAAUAAGAAAUCAGCCGCCAGUCAUUCAAAAUUUACCUGAUACUGCAAGCUUUUCAGAGGAUGCCAUCACCAACACCUUGUUACAUACAUUAACUGUAACAGAUGCAGAGAGUGAUACAAUAACUUGUACGCUGAAUCCCACUAGUCCUAUAUUUGAUGUGUCUCCUAUACCUCCUGCUAACACGGCAUAUGGAAUCUACCUGACAGGAGGGACAACAUUGGAUUAUGAUACCACUGCCUCUUACUCACUGACGGUAGAAUGUAGUGACAACAGACGAAGUGAUACUGGUACCUUUACUGUCAAUUUGAUACGAAACACUCCACCAGUUAUACAAAGCUUACCCAAUUCAACAAGCCUUAUUGAGGAUGCCAACACCAACACCUUGCUACAUACACUUACUGUAACAGAUGCAGAGAGUGACACAAUAACUUGUAUGCUGAAUCCCACUAGUGCUAUAUUUGAUGUUUCUCUAAUUGCUCCUGCAAACACUGGUAUGUAA